ACAAUUCAUUUAAUUUAAUUUAAUUUAAUUUCAAACAAUAGUCUCUUAUCGCGAUCAUACCUUCAGAUUAACCGUAGAGGUAACAAAAUCUCACCUAUGAACUUGCCAUUCGUUUCACGAUGCGCUCCGACAGAAGGAACAAAAAGCAACGCGAGAGGAGGACAACGAGGACAGUUAGUCGGUAGGCAAUCGACGAUACAGGGAAAGGAGAGAGACAGCCGAGUAGAACUAUGGAAAGAACAGAGGGAACGAACACGGAGGCUCGCGUCACGGUGUACAUGAAUCGUUGUUUGUGUUGAUCGCCGUGCAACACGCCACGCAGAAACACAUCUGGUCGCGUGGGAAGAUCGCGCUCCCAUUACACGUCGACCAGGUAAAGUUACGCCGUGUUUCUCUAUUCGUUCGAAAUUCGCGCGUCUCCUACAAUUACCUGAAGUACGAUGAGUUCGGUGAUUGGCCCGUUAGCGCGCAUGCGCUUAGAGAAAUUCACGAACCUCGCAUGCGAACGCGUCGCAUUAGUCUUCUUCGAAAAGUGAUUCGUGAAUUUUAUAAUAAAAUAAAAGAUUCAGUUUGUGAUUUCGCUUUGUUCUUUGUUCAAUCUAUCGCCAGUGAUUUUCUUCCAAUCCAAUUUGACGAAAUAUAGAAGUAACCAUGGAAUCGUGUAUGAGGGGGACUUGCUCGUCGGCGUUGCAAUCGUCGCCAGCCUCCGUUUUCGCCAUGCUGAUACAAACGUUAAUCGCAUCCCGUUGCGGAUUGAGCAAUACGGGCGAAUACCCUAGAGAUCGCAAAGACGAGAUUUUAAAUUCGAAAAUGGAGUUCGAUUUUGUGAUAAUUGGUGCUGGGAGCGCGGGAUCCGUUUUGGCACGCAGGUUAACGGAAGUGGAGGAUUGGAACGUUCUGUUAAUCGAAAGAGGAGGGUACCCUUUACCCGAGACCGUAUCACCUGGUCUAUACUUCAGUAUCUUAGGCGGAUCGCAAGAUUAUCACUAUGCGCUCGAGCCGCAAGAGGGUAUCUGUCUGAGUAUGAGGGACAAACGAUGCAAAUGGUCGAAAGGUAAAGGGGUUGGCGGAAGUUCGGACAUCAACGGGAUGAUAUACAUCUUAGGGAAUCGAAAGGACUUCGACGGUUGGGCGAGCGAGGGGAAUCCCGGAUGGAGUUACGAGGAAGUGCUCCCUCACUUCAGAAAAUCGUCGAGCUGCUCGCCCGAAUUCACGGCCGAACACGGUGACAAGUAUUGCGGGACGGACGGUCCCCUUAGAAUCAGGUACUUCAACUACACCGUGACAAACUUCGAGGAUAUCAUUCUGGAAGCGGCUCGAGAAGCGGGCCAUCCCAUUCUCGAUCCGGUGAACGGUGAUCGUUACCUGGGAUUCGGAAGAACGAUGGGCAAUCUCGACCAAGGGAAACGGGAAAGUUGCUCGAAAGCUUAUCUAACUCCCGUCAAAGACAGGAAGAACUUGUACGUGAUGACGUGGAGCAGAGUGGACAAGAUUCUGUUCGAGGGCGAACGAGCUGUCGGCGUUCGAGUCACUUUGAGCAACAACGAAACGGUGGAGGUGAGAGCGACGAAGGAAGUGAUUCUGUCGGCGGGAAGUAUCGUCAGUCCUCAGAUACUGAUGCUCUCGGGUAUCGGGCCGAAAGAGCACUUGAAGGAAUUGGGUAUACCCGUUCUGGUCGAUCUGCCCGUUGGAAAGAAUCUUCAAGAUCACGUG